AUGCGGCGCCUCUCGGCGCUCCUCGUCGCCGCGGCGGCCCGGGCCUACGAGUUUUCCGCGCCGCACGUCGUCACCGCCGACGAUUUGGUCCGCACCCUGUGCCUGGCCGACGUCGACGGCGACGGCGACGUCGACUUCCUCGCGGCCUUCGACGCGACCGUCGCGUGGUACGCCAACGUCGCCCUGAGCUUCAGCGCGAACGCCUGUCGAGCCGUCGACGUCCGCCUGACCAAGGCGCUCUACGCGUCGGCGCAGUUCGGCGCGACGGCCGCGUGCCUCUACGGCCCGGCGACGUGUGCCUUCGCGCCGCUGCUGGGCAUCGAGAUCGCCGCGUUCAUGAUGACCGCCGUGCGGAAGCGGUGGGUCACGUCGUCGGCGUACCACGGCGUCUACGCGUCGGCGCUCCUCGCGAACUACGCGCUCGCCGCCGCGCUCAGCGUCCGCGCGCUCGCGGCCGGCCGCACCUGGCCCCUCUCAUUCCUCCUCGCGACGAACCUCGCGCAGCGCCUCCGGGUCGGGCGCGGCGUGCCGCCCGCCUGGGCCUGGGUCGCCGCGGUGGGCGCGACGGAGGCCGCGCGCGCCGUCGCGCCCCCGCUCGCGCGUCGCGCGGGCGCGGACGCCUGGCUCGCCGUCGGCGCGCGGGCGCUCGCCGCCCCCCUCGCCCUCCGGCUUGCCUGGUGGAUCCACGCGAACGCGAGGAUGCUGGCCUGGACGCUGGGGUGGCCGACGCCCCGAUCCACGCCCGCGCUCUUCGCGAGCCUCCACCCCAUCUUCUCCAAAUCCGCGAGAAGCAUGGCACUUAGCAUGCGGACCGCAUUGGCCCUCGCCCUCGCGACGGCGGCUGCCCAGCCGUCGAACUCGACCUAUUACGGCAUGUACAAGGCGACGUGGGCGACGUCGGACCCCAUCCACACGACCUACCCCUUCCUCACGGAGCUUUUGGGCAACCUGCCCACGGACAACAACUGUCCCAAUCUGACCUGCGCCUGCGGCACGCAGGGCCGCACGGAGCUCAACGGCACGCACGGGUUCGGGAGCGAGGACCACUUCGGCGUCCACACCGUCGAGGCCGCGGGCGUCAACGGGAGCCGGCUCCGCGCGUCAGGCGCGUAUUCGCUCGAGGAGAUCGAGGCGAUCUGGGGCGCGGCGCUCGGCGAGAUGGACGCCUACGACACGUUCCUCGAUAACCAUCUCGCGCUCUGGGCCCCGGACCUGGCCCCCUACGUCGAGCGCUUCCAGGCCGCGGCCGUGCCGGCGCUCGGCCUCCGGUGGGCGUUCCGAGGCGAGCGCUACGCGAGCCUCCUGGUCCACGUGCCCAAGUCCCAGGUCGUCCUCGAGCUCAUCUCGCAGACCGCGCCGCCGGGCGUCCGCCAGCGCGUCCGCUGGGUCGCCGUCGACGAGGUCCGCCACCGCUUCGAGGACGGGCCGCCGGCCGUGGCCGCCGGGCGCCUCGAGCCGCUCCACGUGAGCCGCUUCGCGGCGGAUCUCGACGUCAUCGAGGUCUUCUACGACCGGGUCCUCGGCGAGAAGCCGAGCGCCGUCGACUUUCCGCUCGACGAGGCGGACCCGACGUCGAAGCGCCUCGUCUACGGCGGGCCGGGCUCGUUCACGCCCGACGUCGCGCUCGUCUUCGUGACGCGCGCCGAGCCCUCGAACCGCGCGCGCUCCGCGUCCUGGUUCCAGCGCUACGCCGUCGCCGUCGGCGAGCACUACAUGCGCAACUACACGGACUGCUGGCCCGUCUGGGGCGACGACCGGCGCGACAACCACGUCGCGGUCCAGAUGAACCGCGUGACCCCGGGCGCGCCGACGCUCGACGACGUCGUCGCGAACCUCGACGCCAUGGGCUGGCACCUGCACCACCCGUUCAAGGGCGCGUGCAAGGCGCCCGGCGACUGCGGGCCGAGCGACAUCUACCUCAUGGACCCGAGCGGCUGGACGACGCAGCUCGUGUCGCCCGUGGGCUUCAAGAAUACGACGCUCCCGGGCGCGGACGUCGACAGCGGCGGCCUCUCGGGCUACUGCUUCGAGUUCUGCGAGCACUUACGCGCGCCGUGCGAGUAAAAGGCGCGU